AUGGGAGAUAAAGUGAAGAAUGCUUCAAUUCCUCUACUCGAAUCUUCUUCAACAGGAACAGCUUCUAAAUUUCAAACACUUGGGAAUAUAAUAGUUUCCGUAGUUGGCACUGGUAUUUUAGGACUCCCUUUCGCAUUUCGAAUUGCUGGUUGGCUUGCUGGCUCUCUUGGUGUCAUCAUUGCCGGAAUUGCCACCUUCUAUUGCAUGCUUCUCCUUGUUCAAUGCAAAGAAAAGCUAGCAUCUCAAGAAUUAACACCAGAAACAGAAACUUAUGGUGACUUGGGUUACAAAUGUAUGGGUAACACAGGCCGUUACCUGACAGAAUUUCUCAUUUUCACAUCCCAAUGCGGAGGAGCAGUGGCAUACCUAGUCUUUAUUGGCCAAAACCUAUCAUCUGUAUUCAAGGGCCAUGGAAUUUCUUCCUCAUCCUUCAUAUUCUUGUUAGUACCUAUCGAAAUUGCACUAUCUUGGAUCAAUUCGUUAUCUUCUUUAGCACCUUUUAGCAUUUUUGCCGACACAUGCAAUGUGCUAGCGAUGGCAAUUGUGGUGAAAGAGGAUGUAGAUAAGGUAAUAAGUGGUGAAUUCAGGUUUAGUGAGAGAAAGGCAAUCACGUCUAGUAUAGGAGGAUUGCCAUUUGCUGGAGGGAUGGCAGUCUUCUGUUUUGAAGGGUUUGGGAUGACAUUGUCAUUGGAGGCUUCAAUGAAAGAGAGGGGCGGUUUUUCUAGCUUGCUGGCCAGUGCACUCACUGGAAUAACUCUUGUGUAUGUUCUGUUUGGUUUUUCUGGUUAUAUGGCUUAUGGUGAUGAAACUAAAGAUAUUAUAACUCUCAAUUUGCCCCACAAUUGGUCCACAAUUGCUGUUCAGGUAAUGUGCUCCAGACUUUCUGCAAUAUGCCUUCCCUACCUGUCUACUUUGUCGUUGUCUAGUAUAAUUGUUAUUCGCUAUCCAUCUCCAGUUGGAACUGAUUGUCUUUUUGCUUCUAAUUUUUAUCAAAAUCCAUAUGGUAGACACAGAUCCACAUGCAUAAGCAUGUAUCUCUAUACUGUAAAACUUUGUUAUCUUGCAUGUGUACCUACCUACAAGUUAUGGGACAUAAGACUUAAUAAUUGCAAAGGAUGUCAUGGCCAUGCUAAUCUUUGUGCUAAUUGGCAACAGGUUGGAUUGUGCUUGGGACUAGCAUUUACAUUUCCCAUCAUGGCACACCCAAUUCACGAGAUCGUUGAGGGGAAGCUGAAGAACAGUGAAUGGUUUCGAACGGUCUGCUAUAAAGAUGGUGAGAAUCCAACAUUAGUUGGAAAGUUUGGAAGAUAUCUGAGUCGUGCUACUUUGAUUGUUGUUUUGGCAUUCUUGGCAUCGUUUGUGCCCGGGUUUGGUGAAUUCGCAUCACUUGUGGGGAGUACUCUAUGUGCGCUAAUCUCAUUUGUUUUGCCAGCCACAUUUCACCUAAAAUUAUUAGGUCCAUCGUUACGUCUCUGGCAGAAAGCCUUGGAUUAUAUCUUCUUGAUAGGUGGAUUGCUGUUUGCCGCUUAUGGUACUUGGAGUUCUAUUGUUGGUUUUUGA